CAGUGUUUUACUUGCAUUCAAAUAACAGCAUGUCAACCACUUCUCGCCGAACUGCUGAGGUCCUAUUGAUGAUCGCCUUGGUCAUCUUCACCUGUGGUGCCUGGUCUAACAACGGUCCGGCUCUUGAAUGGCUCACCGUCCUCAUUUUCUUCUUCUCCAUCUACAUCACUGAUUUGGUCUUCUUCCCCGUGGAUAAGGCCUUCAUUCACGACCCUUUCUAUUCGACAUAUGCCAAGCUCACAGAUCCCCACUACGAGACCAAUCCCUACAACUAAGUACUAAGUGCUUUCGAGGGCAUGGCUCCUUAGUUGAACCUUUGUGAAGCUUCCCCCCUCGCCGGUCUCAGCCUCCUUCAGCUGUUAAUAUGCGACUUUUUUGAUUCAUUUACCAUAGUUGGCGAUGGAAAAGUCGUUGUUGUUGACAGUGUUGUUGGUUUGCAGACCCCGUGGUGGGGUUGCGCGAUUUUUUCGCUACUUCGUCGUCGUAUUCCUGUACCCUUGCUGAGAAGGAGAGUUCGUGUGACCGCUGUAUAGCAUCUUACGCGUUAAUCCGUAG